AUGGAAUAUGAGGCGAAUGGAGUAGGAGAUAUCCUGUUUGAGGAUUACAGAUUGCGUCUUGAUGGAGAUCCCAGAGCCGAAAAAACCAGCACGACACCAACCAACUCGAUCCCUGCCGGAGCAUCUCACAAACUACGUGUUUGGCUACGUAGCUUGGUCCCUCUCCCCGCUUCCGAUCCCUCGACAUCUUACGUUCUACCUUUCAACGAUUCUUUCAUCUAUCAAAGGAUAUGGAAGUGCGACAACUUUAAAAUGGGCGCACGGCUCGACUUUGAAUCUCUAGGCCCAAAAAUGAUCAUGGGAUUCUCAUCCGGAGUGCCUGAAACUAUUAUCACUCAAAAUCCAUCCACAGUCGACGAUCUUACCAGUCCAAAAUCAAUGUACAAAGAAAAACGAGACGGUUAUGAUUUCUGA